AUGGCUAACCAAAGCAAACCUCAAGCUGCCGGCGGUAUCUCCGCCUUGGUCCAAUCGGCUAGCGGCCGUGUGCUUCCCCUUAUCAGCACUGCUCAGUCCUAUGCCAUUGCUACCCUCUCAACAUCCAAGGCCAUCCUCGACCGGUACCCCCCGCUCAAGGCCUUUGUGUACACUCUUGGUGGUGCCGCCGCUGUACCUCUCGCUGUCUUCACAGGUUACGGUGCUGCCACUGGCGCUGUCGUCCUCGGUGUCGCCGGAACCGCUGUAACCUUUGUACAAGGCGGUUUCCUCGCAUUUGGAGGAUUCAUUCUCUUCUGGUUCUUGGCAGGAGCUUUCGUUCUCGCCUCGAUCUUGACUUUCUGGUUCACAUUGGCCUACUUCGCCUUCCAAGUCGCCAAACGCCUUGAGGGCACUGCUUAAGCAGCUUUAAACCUGCGGUUCGAUUUUGGUUUUCCCUCAUUUUUGCGUUUAGUUUUAGCUUAGAAACGGGCCUCAUAAUUUGAUACCUGGAUUACAGUGUUUGGAUUGCUUUAAUGUGUAUGGGGGGCAUGGGUUGCAAUAUUAUAUUACUCUGUUGAACCGCC